AUGAAUUCGAAAUAAUUUUCUAGAGCUCAUAAAUAAAUUAAAGAAGAAUAGCUGCACAAUAAUAAAUUAGAUUCCUUGAUUAAUGAGAUUAAUAUUAUGUCUCCUGAUAAUGGAGAAAUUUCAUGUCUUCAUUCUAAAUAAGUCCAAGAAAAAUAAAAAAAUCCAGCCGAUUCUAACAAAGAGGUAAUAAGAUGAAUUAAUUAAUUUAGCAAUUUCCAAAGAAAGACUCUUUAGUAAUAAGAAUUUUAAAGAAUGUUGAACAUUUAAAAAGAGAAAAAUAAAAAAUUAAAGAUUUUCGAAUGAAUUCAUAAUGUUCAUUCCAAGGUGAAAAUGAAAUUUAAGUCUAUCAUAGAAGAGUUGUUAGUUUGUAGAACGAAAAUACACAAAAAUCCGAUAUUUACUAAAUUCCAAUCCCAUAGUCAAUAAAAUUAUUAUAAACUGAUCUACUUAAACAUAAAAAAUAAGACAAUAUCAUUAAAAAGUCUCUAAAUAAAGAAGGAUGUAUUCUAAUAAAAGAGUUAUUUUUUAUAAGCACAAUUAAGGCAAUAAUAACUAUUUAUUAAAACAUAAUAAAAUUUCACAAAACAGUCAAUAUAAAGGAUUUGCCAGAAUUAUCUCAAUAGGAUAAAAUUGAAUCAUAUAGUGGAGAUUAUGUAAAUUAGAUUAGAUAAAAAUUAAAGCUCAAAUAAGAUUUUAGCUUUUACAAUUUAUUUUUUUGGAAAUUUAAUUCUUGUUUUACUAUCAUAAUGUUGAUUUUAGGAAUGAUAGAAUCAAACUCAAAUUUUAUUAUUUCGCUUUUGCUGUAUAAUAUAAUAGAAAACUUUUAAAAUGGUGAUAAAGAAUAGGCUCAAUUGGAUGCAUUGUAUUUAACAUUUUUAUCAAUUGUUACAAUAAUUGGAAGACAUUAUUAAUAGUAAAAUAUUUCAUUAUAAAUAAUAGCAUUUAACUUAGUAAAUUUGGAGGAAAACUUAGAUAAAUUUUAAUGUAUAUUUUGAUUGAGAAAAUAUCAACUUUAUCAAGUUGUUCAAUUUAGAAAUCAAAUUCUGGUUCCAUUUUAAAUAUUAUUUGUAGUGAUUUAUCAACUUUAGAAUGGUAAUAUGGAUAUAUUUAUUGUAUACCAAUAGUUCCAAUUUCAUUAUUAUGUUCUGGCUGGAUUUUGUGGGUAAAGUUUAUUUUUGGAGAUUUUAGCUUUAAUUUUAAGGACCAUAUGGUUUGAUGGCUGUGUUGAUCUGUGUUAUUACUUAUCCAACUCAAACAAUAAUUUAAAAAUGCAUUUAAGCAAAGAUAAAAAAAUUAAAAGAAUACUAAGACUUAAGAUUAAAAUAAUAAACUAAUUUUUUAGAUAAUUUAUAAACUAUAAAAAUGUAUUGUUGGUAAGAAACUGUUAGAUAAUUAAUAUUAAAAACUAGACAUCAAGAAUGGAAAUAAUAUAUUUUAAUUUAGAUUUUGACUUUAAUAGAUAGAUCUAUAAAUUAAUCAAUAAAUAUUUGGGGUUCCUUUUUAUUUUUGAUAAUCAUUUAUAAUUUAGGUAUUCCUCUAAAUCUAUAGAAGAUUAUUUUAACAAUAUAAUUAAUGGCAUCAAUUAGAUACUAUUGUGUACAUUAAGUAUCAUAUGGUUUAAAAGCUAUUAUUAAUUUAAAUGUUAUUUUUAAGAGAAUUAAAAAUUUCACUUAAAUUGAACCACUUUUUGCUUAGAUUCUUGAAUUUUAAAAUGAUCAUCCAAAUGCUAAUCCAUAAAGUUUUUUAGAACUUUCAAGUAAUAAAGAGUUGAGUUAAUUUUCUUUAAUUAAAUUAACAGAAAAAACUAAUUAAUAAACAAAACCAAGUUUUUAAAUAUUAUAAGAAGAAGUGAUUUAAAUUCGAUCAGUUUAUUGUUAUUGGGAUAUGUAAAAAUAACCAUUGUUAAAAAAUAUAAAUUUUAUUGCAAAUAGAGGAUAAUUAAUUAGUGUUAUAGGUAAAACUGGAUCAGGUAAAACUACUUUUUUAUAAUUAAUUUUAAAAGAAAUUCCUUAUAUUUAAGGUUAAUUGGAAAUAGCAGAAAACUUGACAUUUGGUUAUGUAGAAUAAGAGCCAUUUAUAAAUCCUAGUACGAUAAAAGAGAAUAUUUUGUUUGGGAGAGAAUAUAAUUAAGAAUUAUUUAAUGAGGUAUAAUAAAAUAAAUAUUUGAGGUCUUGAAAGCAUCUAAUUUUAUAUCAGAUUUGAUAGAUCUCCCAGAUUUAGAGAAUACAGAAAUAGGUGAGAAUGGAGCAACUUUAUCAGGUGGUUAAAAAGCAAGAUUAAGUUUAGCAAGGGCUUUAUAUGCAAUGCCAAGUGUUUAUUUAUUUGAUGAUCCACUUUCAGCAGUGGAUUCUAAAGUUGCUAAACAUCUUUUCUCUUAAGCAAUCUAAUAAUUUAUUUUUUAAUAUUAACCUACUAAAAAUAACAAUUAACCAAAUCCAUUAGUUAUAAUGACAACUCACUAAUUAUCUUAUGCAUUAAAAUGUGAUUAUAUUGUUGUUUUAGAAGAAGGUUAAAUUAUUUGUUAAGGAAAAGCAAGUGAUGUUGGUUUAUAAAUAGAGAAGAUAUUAAAUAUUUAACCUGUAGAAAUUCUAGAAAAUAAUUAGAAUUAAAAAAAUAAAUAAUAAUAAAAUUUUGAUGGAAAAAAGAAAUUAAAUAAAGAUAAUUUAUCUUAUCAUCAAACAAAUCUUCUAACUCCAAAUGAAAAAGUUAUAAAAACUGCUAAAUAGUUGAUAUUUUAUGUUACUAAAUCAAAAUUGUUAUUAAUAUUAAUAUUAAAUUUAUUAACUGAAAUUAUUAGAAAUAUAUUUUAUAGAUUACUUACUCUAAAUGAAGAUGAUGAAAGUAUUAGAAAAUAUACUUUUAUAAUAUUAUUAUUGGUAAUAAGUAAUUUGAUCAACAAUGUACUCAAAUAUUCAAUUUGUAGUUAUGUAAUUUUAGAUAUGAAUAAUUUAAUAUUUUCAAAAACAACAUUAGCUCUAGCUAAUGGUAAAAAAGCAUAUUUUGAUAAAUUACCAAGUGGUAUUAUAAUUAAUAAAUACUCUACAGAUUUAUCUAUCCUUGAUAAUUAAAUGCCUAUAGUUUUAAUUGAUAUUUUUGAAGAUGGAUGCUAAUUUAUUAUAUCACUUUUAAUGAUUGGAUUUCUUUAACCAUUCUUUUUCUUACCUAUAUUACUUACAUUGUUUUUGAGUUAUAUUUUAUUCAAAACUGUUGUUCAAAUUUUAUCUUAAUUAAAAAUCAAUGAUUUGGUUUAGAGAGCUCCUUAAUUAUCGUAAUUUAAGAUAUAUUUAUAAGGUUUGACACAUUAUCGUUUAUAGAAUUAAUUUAAUUAAUUAAAAUAGAAAUUUUUUAUGUUAGCAAAUAAUAGUUUUUAAUCAAAUUAUAUAUAUCAUUAAACUUAAAAGUGUUUUUCAUAAUAUAUAGAUUUGAUAGGUUUAUUUACAAAAACAUCAGGAACAUAUCUAAUAAUUGCAUUUAUAGGAGAUAAUUCAUUAUUUUCAUAAGCAUUAUUAUUAUUAUAAUCAUUUCAUUCUUAGAAUACACUACUUAGAUAAUUAAUGGAAUUGAGUGGAUUAUUCAACUCAUAUGAAAGAUUAUUAGAUAUAUUAGAGAUUGAUUAAGAGAAAGAUAAAGAGAAUAUAAAUAAAAUAUUACCAAAAGCAUGGCCUAAGUAGGGAAGUAUAGUUCUUAAAAAUUUAUCAAUGUAAUAUGAUAUGAAUUAAAAACCAGUUUUAAAAAAUAUUGAGAUGGAAAUAAAACCUGAAGAAAAGAUAGCAUUUGUUGGAAGAACAGGAGCUGGUAAAUCAUCUUUGAUUGCUGCAUUAUUUAGAUUAGUUGAAAUAGAUUCUUAAAGUUAAAUAUUUAUUGAUGGUUGCGAUGUUAGAGAACUAUCUUUAAAUUAAUUAAGAAAAGCUUUGGCAAUAAUACCAUAAUAGCCAUUAUUAUUUUAUGGAUCUAUAAAAUAGAAUUUAGAUCCCUAAAAUUUAUAUACAGAUUCUGAUAUUUGGAAAGCCUUAUCAGAAGUUAACAUGGAUAAUUUGAUUGAAUAAUAAAAACAAUUAUUGAAUUGUGAUAUUAUGGAUCUAAAUUUAUCGGCUGGUCAAAAAUAGUAAUUAUGUCUUGCAAGAGUAAUUUUAAUGAGAAGAAAAAUUCUAAUUCUAGAUGAAGCAUCUGCAAAUAUAGAUAUUUUGACUGAUUAGGCUAUUUAAGAAAUUAUAAGAUCUAAAUUUAUGGAUUGUACAAUAAUUACAAUUGCUCAUCGUCUUAAUACUAUUGCACAUUAUGAUAAAGUAAUAGUAUUAGAGAAUGGAGAAAUUGUAGAAUAAGGAAAUCCUUUUGAAUUAUUAAGCAAUGAUUAAAAUGCUGAAAGUAUUAAUAAGAAAACUAAAUUCUCAGAAAUGGUACUUGAAACUGGAAAUAAGAAUGCUCAAUAGAUUUUUAUUAUGGCUAAAGAAUCUUAUUAUAUAUAAUAAUUAAAAAAGAAAUAAAAAGCUAAAUUGUGA